CAGUCACAACAAAGAUGGCGAACAUGUCGGGUGGAAUGUACCAACAAAUGGUAGUGCCAGCACCUUACCACUUCCACCAGCCUCAACCACAGCCCAUGCCGGCGGUGCCGCAGGCUCCGGAGCCCAAGAAGGAGCCCAGGAAGCGCAAGAAACCCGCCGAGAAGGUCAACGGAGAGAAGAAGAAGCCGAGAAUCAUCGGUCAGACAGCGUACCUUGCAGGGUUGAGAUUGGAAGGUGUUGCAGGGGAUGGCACUGAGUGCUCUAGAUGCAACAAGAAGAAGUGUUUUAAGCACGCUGAUGCAAAAAAUAAGAAUCAGAUGUCAAAAAAGACCCCAGAAGACACAGUAUUACAGAUGAAGAAACACAUGCUGAAGUUGCUCUCGAUGCACGACUACACAGUAUUUUGCAAGGCAGAGAAGAAUGGCCAAGUAGACGUUGACAUCUCCAAGAUGCAUCGCUCCUACCUGGAGGAGCACGAACCACAGGCCUUUGAACCACCGCCCUCUAAUGAUCCAAAUAGAGAAUACAAACCAAAGGUGAAACAGUGGCUGUAUCGAAAAAUAUUUUUAGAUGAAUUUAAGAGCUUCGAGUAUAAUGAGUGCAAACGCCACAUUGGAGACUUAAGACGCAGUAUAGAAAGCGUGAUGAUUCAGAAGAAGAAGAAAGCACCAAAACCGAAGCCACCAGCUCCUCCCCCGCUACUUCCGGUGAUGCCACAGGAUUAUAGCAUGAACAACCACAGUGCAAACACCGGUGGAGCCACUGACAUGAGUAGGACGGCCAUGCCGCCCCCGGGAACCAUCGUAACAACCACUGCUCACCCACCAGCCAGUACACCACCUGCUGGAUACCAACCCAACCUGAUGAACCUGGGCGUAGAAACAACCUCCGCCCCAGUGUCGUCAAUGGCAGCAAUGGGCGCAACUUCCACACUUCACAAUUCCCUAGCCACGUAUAUGACUCAACAGGUACAACCCAACUUGUUGUUUGGCCUAGGACAACAGCAGCAGCCACCACCGGCGCAACAACAGCCUCUCAAUUUACAAACGUCGCACCAGAGUCAACCAGCUAUGCAAGCCUCCCCACACCAGGCUCCGGGACCCGCGGCUCCUCCAACUGCUGCACCUCCAUUGCCACUUAAUUUACACAACCCGUAUUAUGUUUCACUGGGACCUAUGUUGCCUCUGCCGAUGUCCACACCUCAGCAUAAUCACCAGCAACAGUUCCAACAAAAUAUGUUGCAACAGCAACAGGGCAUUCCAGGGAGUUUUAACCAGCACACCAUGUAUCAGUGAGGCAAGGCGGCCCCCAGCCCCACCCACUACCCGUCCCCUGUGCCAGCACAACACCGAAACCAGUAUUGUCCAUACACACGUAUGCCAGCUGUAUCUGGCUCUUAUCAGUAUACCUGGUCUGUGGCAUCCCCAGUGGCUCCCAAUAACUCGCUGGCUUCAGCACGACAGGUGAACUUCCCGGCACUGUCGUCACAGCCCCAGCAGUGCUACUUGCCAAAUUCUGUGGCGCAACUCUCUCCGCAGAACUUCCCUCAUGUGGCACCCUCUCUUCGACCUACCACUUCUGAUUAUCAUGUCUGUAAUACAUUAUCUCAACCAUUAUAUCAGAAUCAGUGCACAAAUUCCUCUCUGUCAUCACUUAGUUCAGAACAUCAAAAAGUUUCACCCAUUCACACUACAUCAGCGAUGUCACAAACAACACCUCUUUCCACAUCAUCGUCAUCGUCAUCAUCUCUACCUACCUCACAGCAUGUUACAUCAUCUAACCUAACUUCCACCACACAACAAGUCCUUACUGCCAUACCCUCAACAGAUGUAUUACAGAGUAACUAUGCCCCUAAACCAGUGCAACAUAUCCUUAUGGUCACCCCUUCACCUAACACUUCACACAGUAGCUAUUCACCCAACAUUCACAUUUCUCCCACACGACGUGUAUCAGACAAAAACAGCUCGGCACUUUCUGCAAGCCAAUUAACGAACCAGAAAAGCGAAGCCACAGGCCAAACGUACAUGCCAAUGUAGAUAAAAUUUAUUGCUAUCAAAGUUUUGUAUUCAGGCACUUGUUGGAGUACAGUAUUCUAAGGUUACAGCUGGACUUAAUGAGCUGGGACAAUUUUUUUGUGAUGUGUCUGGUACAGAUAAGGUCAGUGGCCACCUAUUUUAACACAGUUUAUUUUACAUUGGGGACUACGGGGCCCAACUGAUUCAUAAAACUUGUAGAGUAUACUCUCCAAGUCAGGCUUAAUGUAAAUUUAGUAUAAAAUGUAUAUAAGACAGUGGCAUAAACAACUAUCACCAGACCACUACAAUACUGGUUUGUCCUUUGUAAUUAUUAGAGAAUAGGAUUUUGUGAAACACCAUUGGCCUUGGAAAAAAACACAAAUGCAGUGUGAUGCAACCCUUUGACUGCAUUUUGCCUACACAGUGGGCUUUAUCCAAUCACAGAUUGGAUUGAGUCCACUGUAUGGGCAAUAUGUAGUCAAUAAAAAAUUGCAUUAUGCUGUAUUUAUGUUCGUUUUUCCGUUGUGUCAGUAUUUUAUACCAUUUAUCUCUACCAUUGGCCUCAUCAGGCUGAUUUUCAUAUUUUGUCUUGCAAAUAGACUGUGUACAAAAGGUAAGAUACUUCUUUUAUGGUUGACUGGUGUCUCCUCCUUCCUCCCAACCAGUGCACCAAAUCCGAACAGGUAAGUUUUAUUUGUUCGGUAUUCAAAGUGGCCAAUUCAGAUAUAUAAAGACAUUUAUUUUUUUCAUAUUUUUGCAGUGACAAGUACAGUAUUUCAUAAGUUGAAAAAACUUUGCAUGGGCUUCCCCCAGACCAGGACGUUUUGAGUGUCAUUAUUGUUGUUACGAGAUUAGGAGUGCACGGUAUUCAAGGCGAUCCUAAGUUCUGGAGCUUGAUUAUUCUUGUUGAAAUAUCUGUGAUGAAUUUCACUCUCUCUCCUUCACAUGUAGUCUGCGUUGGGCUUCAGUUCUUUGUCUGAAAAUUGAAUUCCAUAAUUGUGAUUAUACAACACUAUGCAGAAUUUUUAUCUGACAUCUCAUGUGUAUUCUUUGCAUUACCUGGGGCAAUCCAUGACCAUUGUGUGAUUCAGAUGUGCAGCAGGGCCUUGCAUAUACAGAGCCCUCAGGAGGGCCCCACAUAUACAAUGCCCUCAGGAGGGACCCACAUAUACAGCACAUCUUUUCGGUGUUCCACAUUUUCACUGGCUUUCAAUUAAUUAUUCCACUUCCCAGUGACAAUCACCGGCAGUUGGAACACGAUGAACAAAGGCUCAGUUUGAGGCCAAUGAAAACGUCAAACGCUGAAAAGUUGUACAUGCUGGGCCUUCUGUAUUGAAGGUCACCACAGUACUUUAAUCAUGGCUUCAGUAAAUUAACUAACAAAAAUAUAGACCUGGGUAUUGAGGAUGGAAUGGUAUGUGAAUUUUUUUUUUUUUUUUUACAUUUGCCUGAUUUUUGUUUUGCACAGUACUGGUAUAUACACUACAGGUGUACCUCGCUUAAUGUUGGUGUUGCAGAAGGAAAGCUUUCAUAAAGUUUUUUCUUUAUACAUCUAGUAAUUUCUAGAGGAGGAGUUGCUACCCCAUUGCUCCUGGCAUUUUAGUCGCCUCUUACGACACGCCUGGCUUAUGAAGGAAGGAUUCUAACCCACUUCCCCAUGGAGACAAGGAUAAUCGAGGCAAAUUAAUCUUUCGAACUUGUUAUAUAAUCCAAAUAAUUACAAGUGGGAAAGAUAUUUGGCCUUACAGACUAAAUAUUGUACUAAUUAUUCUGAAUAAUAUUAAGUCAUCAAAUAUAGGUGAGCAUGGUGCAAGUUUUAUAUUAAUGGGAAUAGUAAUGGAGUUUGGGUGAGUGAGAGUGGCAUGUCAGGAGGUAGGAAUGAAACCUCAAGUCUAUCCUGACCUUUAUUAUGGUGCACAGAUUUCUCAGGAGAGAAUUAUGUAUGUGGCAUUGAUGGUGACCUUAGCAUACUGCUGAUGGCAGUGGCUAACCUAACCUAACCAGUCAUCCAGCUAAUCUAUGUUCCUCUUACAAUAUAAAACAAAAUCUAUUUUCAUCUGUAAGAUAACAUGUUGCUGUAAUGUCUCCAAACAUUUCCAGAAAUAUCAAAUGUUCUAUACCAUGUCUUGGCGGAAAAACAUGUGGUGUGUGGUGAACAGCCGUCAGUGUUCGAGUCCUCCAGGUAAAUGUUGAUAAUUUAGAUAACUCUUAAGUCGAAGAAUGAGACACUUGUGUAGCAUUCAGGAAUCUUCGUUGUGGAAAUGUUUUACCAGCCAAUGGCAUCUUCAGUCCCAUACAGAGAUGAUUGGUGCAAGAUGAAAAGAAGUUUGAGGUAAUCAGUCCCUCAGCCCAGUGUUUCUGUCCAUCAGAAUUGAUGGAUUGAACACAUUGACUCCAGGCUGAGGGACUGAUUACCUCAAACUUCUCAUCUUCCACCGUUCUCUGUACUGGACCAAAGAAGCCACUGGCUAAUGAAACGUGUCCUCAGUAAAGAUUCCGAAUGCUGCACGUUUCAUUCUUCAGGCGAAUGUUGUCAGGGUGUGCGAGUGUUAAAAGGACGUUGUAUCUCAGUAAGUCUGGGAUAUAAAUGCAAGGUAAAGCCUGUCACGAUUCAUUAAAUGGGAUACACCUGUAUUGAAAUCUGACAAGAGCUAUUUAUUUCUAGACCUUUGCUUUCUUUAAUUCUGUGCCUCUGGAUUUUGUGGGCAUAGAAGUAUAUUUUAAGCCAUAUUUGUAUAAUUUCCAGCACACUCACACAUUGUAAGGCCAGGUGGUAUUUUAAUAUAUUGUAUAGGCUGCAUCACUGGUCUAUCUGAUGUAUUACUAAUCUGGAGAUAAAAUUAGGUCAUAUUUUUACAUAGAGUAUAUCUUGGAAAUUUUCAAUAUUUAUGUUUAACAAUGCUAGUCAAGGUUUUGUCUCUAAAUAUACAUGGGCAUUGAUUCACAAAUUUCUAGGUAAGAUAAGUGGUACUUGACUUACAAUGGGGUUACAGUCCGACAAACUCGUCCUAAGUCAAAUAUGAAUGAUAUUCUGAAUAAGUAAUAGUCACUGAAUAAGUAAAUAAAUAAUUACUGUAACUAAAUUAUGGACUUGCCACUAUGUUGGAUAAUUAUCUUCGUUUCAUCUAAUUGCUUUUUGCACAAUCACAAAGAUGAAGUAUUUUAAAUCGAAUCACCACAAGUCGAGGAGCACCUGUAUAAGACAUUGAGUAGGACAAAGGGGAGAACAAUAAUGGCAGUAUCGUAGAAAGACUUGAAAACUUGUCCGUGAUCUCGUAAUUUCUACUGUUUAAAUUUGUAAGACUUUUACCUAACUGAAAGUAGAGGAUUUAUAAAUGAAAGUUAGCACCAAUUCACACAUUAUCUACAUUCCACAGGUAUAAUCAAAGAUCUGAGGUGAUGAACAAAAAGGCACAAUACCGUGACUGGAACAAUUUACAAAUACCCCCACAUAGAAAAAAACUUGCGAUGAGCAUUUCCUCGACUAUCUCCACUUAAUUCUUUCUUCCUCCUCUUUGUCCCAUCUCUGCCCUCCACUCAUAUAUAUACUGGCACUCUUACCUUUGUGUUAAUGCUUAUAAUUAUAACCAUGAUUUUUAAAAAGGUGAGGGGUAAGCCAGCAGAAGUCCUUGUUCAUUUGACCAAAAGCUCCAGCUGUGGGUCAUCAUAUGACUAAGACUUGCUUCAGGAAACACUUGUCCUGUUUCCUGACAAACAUUAUACCUUAGUGUUAGUGCGUGUGUGACUAGUUAAUGGUCCAAGUCGUACUGAAAUGUCGUCACAAGUUUCUUUCACCUAUGUGCGGGUUAUGUAUCCUUGAUGAUCUUAUCCUAGGCUCGAAAUGGUAUUGGAAUUGAGUCAUACGUAUGUAGUUAUAUUUUUUAAACUAGACUAGCUAGGUAAUUGACUAUUUUCUUGGGUAAGAUGAAGAGGCUGUAAGAGAGGUUGAUGUACAUCAUUUUAGGAAGAAUUAGACAUGUGCAACAUCCAGGUAUCUUUAUUUGGCAAAACGUCUACAAAUAAAGAUACCUAGAUGUUGCACAUGCGUCUUAAUUCAUCUUGUUGGUAUUGUAUACCAUUCAUGUACAUUUUAUAACUUGUCUGAAAGCAGUUGAAGAUUCAAAGUCUAUUUCUGCAGCUAUGUUUGUAUCACUAAAAGCAAAUGGAUAAUUUCACUGAUACUGGCUGCUCCUGUUAAGUACAUUUGUAUAGUAUUCCGUGUAAAGAGGAUACAUAUCGGAUUCAUCUGUUGAAAAGGUUCCGUUUUUGGCUCCUGUACGAGGCAGUCCCACCUUACGAACAAUUUGCAGUCUCCCCGUAUUAACUUGCGUUCUGUAUGUUUCAUUUCACGAAUAAGUUUUUGUAACCCCGCAGCUCUUGUGCUGAAGACAAUCAGAUAAUGUACAGUGUCAUGUCUGAUUGCCCCAUAAUUGUUCCUUGUCCAAGAACAUGACAGAUUUCAACUUGGUCAAAAUUUUCUCUUCGUUUUUUUCGUACAGUUGAAUAAUGCGUCAUUCUUGGUUUCUGAACACUAUAGUGCAAUUGUGCAAAGAAGCUGCUCAUGUUUCAUGUCUUGUAAAAGGCGGAUCAAAUCCUUUUCUACAGUAUAGGCGCUCCUCGACUUACGAUGGGGUUAUGUUCCGACAAACCUAUCGUAAGUUGAAAAUAUCGUAAGUCAAACAUGAGUACACCUACCAUCCGACUUACGACCGAGUUCGGUUCUGAGAAACCGGUCUUAAGUCGAAAUGGUCAUAAGUCGAACUGUACUACUGAAUAUCAACAAAACAUUUUUGUAAUGACUUUAUUGUUUUAUUUUGGUAUUUCAUGUUUUACUUUACUUUUUAUGUUGUUAGUACUGUAUUUUAUACUGUAAGGUUUAGGAUAAACACUGUGUACAACACAAAUAGUUAUUUCCCAGAAAUUUUGCAUAAAAAACACUGUCGUAAGUCGAGUGGUCGUAAGUCGGAUGGUAGGUGUAUAUGCUAAAUAAAUAAUUACAGUCACUGAAUAAGUAAAUAAACAGUUACUGUAACCAAAUUACAGUAUUGAAAAGUAAAUAAAUAUAAGUUAGGGACUAAUUAUCUUAAGUUCUAUCUCCAAAGUAAUUGCUUUUGAAAUAUCGUAAGUCAGGGAGCACCUAUAUUUCCGAAAGGUACAGGUAAUUUAGGUGCAAAAGAGGUACUCCAGAUAGGUACUAAUACCGAGGUUUAUAUAAUUUUAGAGAAAUGAUCUACUUAUGCCAUAGCAUGUCGACUAAUUUUAUUUCCCAAAGUAUGGAGAGAGAAACAUUCAGAUUAAAUGUGUGUGAGGCUGUCACGGGUGUUAUGCGCAUGGUUAUAUUUUUCUAUUAAAUGUACAUUUGGUGUUACAGUUUGUGGUGGCAGCUACGAGAGUAGUGGCUAGUCAGACCGAUAGUAAUCUCAACCAGAUUUUGUGAUAGCUCUUAAGAACAAACUCUUGAUUCUUAUUGCUCUUUUUCAUAGGUUUAUGUUAGCAUUCGCUGAUAAGGAAAAAUGCAGGGACUCCUGCCUAUCACUUUUUUUUAAUGUACAGUAAGUGCUUGACUUACAGACAUGUUGAGAAUCUUCUGUAUUGUGUAUAUUGUGUAUAAUAUUAUAUUAGUGUAUAAUAAUAUUACAUAGUUAUUAUACAUAAAUCAGGAGGUCCUCAAUAUGUUUGUAAGUUGAAGACUUCCUGCACUCCGGUUUUCUUCCCACAUCCCAAAGAUGUGCAUGUUAGGUUAAUUGGCACAUCUGAAUUGACCCCAUGUGAGUGAAUGAGGAUAUGUGUGUGUGAUCGUGCCCCGCCAUGUUUGUUUUUGACCUGCUUACUGGUAGGGGGCACUCCUUACCAUUUUUGCUGUGCAAAUAUUUAUUCCUUGAUUUAACCCUGUUGCAGUGAGUGGUAAAGGUGCACUGUGCACCCCUAAUGUUUAUAUCAAUUAAUCUAUGGUAAAAUUGGUUUUGUUAUACAUCGUUUUGCUUAAAGUCAGUUUCCAAGAACCCAUCAACAAUGUUAAGUGAGGACUUACUAUACAGUACAGUACAACUUUGUCUUUUCUGCAGUAUACACAAUGCCACAUGCAGUUAGUGUUGAAUGAGAUUUUGGAAUGAUCAACAAUUUGCAAAUGGGCAAAAAUAUUUACAUUGUCUCUUUGGUCCACACAAGGAUGUUAACCUCCACACACUGCAUCAAAGUAUGCAGAACUUUGAACGAGUCAGUGGAUUCACAAUGGAUGGGUACUUGUCGUUUAAGAACAAAAAGGCAAAAUACUGUAACUGGACAAUACACAAAGAACCUGAAAUGUCGUCAUAAACUUCCCUGCCCUUUGUGCAGGUUAUUUGUAUAAUUUCAUUUAAGAUACUCAUCAUUCUAAGGGUCUUAUUUCAUGUACAGGUGCUCCUCAAGUUACGAUGGGGAGUAAAAAAAAACACAAAACAACGUAUCUUGCUUCGCAAGAUUGAAUUACUGGCAGCCUUUCCCUGUCAUCUUCAUAUUUCCAAUUACAUUGUCAUGUCACUGUCUGACAAACCCAACAUGAAUAUAAUAAACUAAACAAGUAAAUAAGUAUCGUCACUAAAGUAAAUAAACAAUUAAUAUAAAUACCAGUAUUGGAAAGUAAAUAAAUGAAUAUAAGUUAUGGACUUGCCACUUUCAUUUUUUUUUUUUUUUUUUUAUUAUCACACCGGCCGAUUCCCACCAAGGCAGGGUGGCCCGAAAAAGAAAAACUUUCACCAUCAUUCACUCCAUCACUGUCUUGCCAGAAGGGUGCUUUACACUACAGUUUUUAAACUGCAACAUUAACACCCCUCCUUCAGAGUGCAGGCACUGUACUUCCCAUCUCCAGGACUCAAGUCCGGCCUGCCGGUUUCCCUGAAUCCCUUCAUAAAUGUUACUUUGCUCACACUCCAACAGCACGUCAAGUAUUAAAAACCAUUUGUCUCCAUUCACUCCUAUCAAACACGCUCACGCAUGCCUGCUGGAAGUCCAAGCCCCUCGCACACAAAACCUCCUUUACCCCCUCCCUCCAACCCUUCCUAGGCCGACCCCUACCCCGCCUUCCUUCCACUACAGACUGAUACACUCUUGAAGUCAUUCUGUUUCGCUCCAUUCUCUCUACAUGUCCGAACCACCUCAACAACCCUUCCUCAGCCCUCUGGACAACAGUUUUGGUAAUCCCGCACCUCCUCCUAACUUCCAAAACUACGAAUUCUCUGCAUUAUAUUCACACCACACAUUGCCCUCAGACAUGACAUCUCCACUGCCUCCAGCCUUCUCCUCGCUGCAACAUUCAUCACCCACGCUUCACACCCAUAUAAGAGCGUUGGUAAAACUAUACUCUCAUACAUUCCCCUCUUUGCCUCCAAGGACAAAGUUCUUUGUCUCCACAGACUCCUAAGUGCACCACUCACUCUUUUUCCCUCAUCAAUUCUAUGAUUCACC